GCGACAAGCACAAACUGAAGCAUUUCCUGAUGAAAUAGCAGCAAUGAUGAAUCGUGGGAUGAUUGGCAAAUCUAGUCCUCUCUAUCGACUAAAUCCUUUCCUGGACGACAACGGUAUUAUCAGGAUGGGGAGUCGAAUCGAAGCUGCUCCUGAGGCAACGUUUUCUACCAAAUAUCCCGUGAUACUACCAAACAAACAUUCGAUUACCGCACUAAUCACGGACAGUUUUCAUCGACGACUCUUACACGGAAAUAAUGAGACUGUGAAUAAUGAAAUGCGGCAAAUGUUUUAUAUUGUUGGACUUCGUAACUUGAUUCGAAAAGUAGCUCGUAACUGUCAGAAGUGCAAGGUGAGAAAAGCAACUCCAAGGCCUCCCAUGAUGGCACCACUACCCAAAGCACGACUCACACCAUUCAUACGUGCAUUCACGUUUGUUGGUGUGGACUAUUUUGGACCAUUGGAAGUCAAGGUGGGAAGAAGUGUUGUUAAGAGAUGGGUGGCACUCUUCACCUGCCUCACGGUAAGAGCAGUUCACCUGGAAGUGACACAUAGCCUUUCUACACAGUCAUGUGUAAUGGCGUUCAGGCGAUUUAUCGCGAGGAGAGGUGCACCACGAGAGGUUUAUUCUGACAAUGGCACCAACUUUGUUGGAGCCAAUCGUCUAUUGAUGGAGGAGCAGAAAAUGAUUCAGCAGAGCAACCGAGAGUGUGCGACCACUUUCACCAACGCACAUACAACAUGGCGCUUCAAUGUACCCGCUGCUCCACAUAUGGGUGGCCCGUGGGAGCGCAUGGUCCGAGCGGUGAAAUCUGGUAUGAAAGUGGUUUCUAAUAGUUCAAUUCACCCAACUGAUGAAGUAUUAGAGACGAUAUUGUUAGAGGUGGAAGGAGUUAUAAACUCACGACCUUUAACCUACAUACCCCUGGAUGAUGCAGAUGAUGAGGCACUAACACCAAAUCAUUUUUUGCUAUAUGGAUCGAGUGGUGUGACACAACCGGAAAGACCUAUAAUACAUGACAAGACCAACCUCCGAGACAGCUACAAGAUGACCCAACAAAUUGUGAAUAAAUUCUGGCAAAGGUGGGUACAGGAGUAUCUUCCCAUGCUAACGCGACGUGUGAAGUGGUUUGAGAAAGUUAAACCAAUCGAACCAGGAGAUUUAGUGAUCGUUAUAGACGACAAGACAAGGAACAGUUGGACAAGAGGACGAGUUGUAGAGACCAUAAGUGGGGCAGAUAAUCAGGUACGGCGAGCCAAAGUUCUCACAGUCAACGGAAUCAUUUCAAGGCCCGCAGUAAAGCUGGCAGUACUAGACGUAAGACCGCGGCUACAGAGCGACAACGAUGGUCAUUCAGCCACUGGAGUAGCUCACGGGCCGGGGGAUGUUGCCGAGCUCUCUGGGCACACUGGAAGUGAGGCUACUGGCUAUUCCCUCGAUCAACCAUCGCUGUAAGGAAUGUUGAGCAAACGUCAAACGCGAAGAGGGACAAGAAAAAAGUAGCGUGCAAGCACUUCACGUUUGAGUUCGUUUCCUAGAUAUACAUGUUUAAAUUCGUAAUAAUUUGCUAUUCUAAUUAAUUAUAAGUAUACUAUUUCACAUAAUCUUUGUGCCGUAGAGUUUGUAAUUCCACCCUUAGGCCGGCGAACAUAACCUCGAUUCCCACCCACAAGUUACGAUAAACACUGAAAUCUUUGAAGCUGUCCAAUUGGCAACUACAAGACGGUGUUUGAAUCGAGUAUCCGCUCCGGGUUCGUUAACAGUAACAGUGACAAUUAU